AUGAUAUCGCGCCAGGCCUCGGACGUCAACAUGUUGAGCAGCAUCACGGCACUUGCAGCUAAAGAGGAGUUCGACAUCGCACAUUUCAACAAGGUCGGUCCUAGAGCACUGCAGCUACAUCAAACUGAACGACGAACAGCUCAGGGAGAUCAUGCAGCACCUGGAGCAGAGCUUUGCAGAAGGGCUUCAAAAGGGUACGUUGAUUGCUUUGAUUUUUCGAUUUUCAGAAGAGUAAAUAAGGCGAUUUUUCGAUUUUCAGAAGAGACUGCAGUGGUUAAAAUGCUCCCAUCGUUCAUUCGCGCAACUUCUGUGGGCAAGGAGAGUGGGGAGUUCUUGGCACUAGACUUGGGCGGAAGCAACUUCAGAGUACUGUUGAUCACCCUGCACGGCGACGGGAAGAAGGGAGAAAUGAGGCAUGUGACCUAUGCGGUGCCACAGGAGCUGCAGCAAGGAACUGGAGAACAUCUCUUUGACCAUGUCGCUAACUGCCUUCACAACUUCAUGGUAGAGCAAAGGCUUUCCUGCAACAAGACGCGCCCGCUUGGAUUUACCUUCUCGUUUCCUUGCCAGCAAAAAGGAUUGGCAUCGGCAUCACUCGUCGCAUGGACCAAAGGAUUCAGUGCCUCAGGCGUUGUCGGCAAAGACGUCGUUCAAUUGCUCACGGAUGCGUGUCGGCGGAAGAACAUCGCGGUCAAUGUCGUGGCGCUCGUCAACGACACCGUUGGAACAAUGUUGGCAUGCUCAUUCUUCGAUCCUGACUGCUCCAUUGGGCUCAUUGUUGGGACUGGGAGCAACGCUUGUUAUAUGGAACGCUUGGAGAACAUCAGCAAACUCAAUGGUUUGGUCAGCGUAAAUGAUGGACUUCCUGAAGAAAUGUGCAUAAACUGUGAGCUCGGUGCCUUCGGUGAUGACGGGAAGAUCGACAAGUACAGGACGGUGCACGACAGGAAGCUAGAUGCCAACUCCAUAAAUCCGCGCAAACAAACAUUCGAGAAGAUGAUCUCCGGGAUGUACUUGGGCGAGCUUGUGCGUCUUGUGUUGGUCGAGUUGGCAGAAGCAGGACUUCUCUUUUCUGGGUCAGCGGUCACCAGCAGUGCCAUCGGAAAACAAGGAUCGUUCUCAACUCGGAUCCUGUCAGAAGUAGAGAGGUGA